AAAGGAGAAGACAAAGUGAAGCAGCCAUCAGGAGAUGUCAUUGCUGCUGAAGGAGACACAGUUACACUGGAUUGUACUUUUCAAACAACCGCUACAUCUUCCUAUUUGUUCUGGUACAAGCAAGAAGUAGAUGGAUACCCAAAGUACAUGUUACGACGCGAUACUUAUGGAACUGGGGAUAAUGCUGCAGAGUUCCAGAAAGACAGAUUUGAUGCUGAACUCAACAAGACAUCAGUUCCUCUGAAGAUCCAGAAUCUUCAUCUGUCAGACUCUGCUGUGUACUACUGUGCUCUGCAGCCCACAGUGACAGGAAACAGUAAAACUCUGUACAAAAACCUUUGGAGCAAAGACAACAGAGAGCUGUUGGUUUGGGUGACGAAUGACUGGCUGAUCCCCACUGAGGUGGUGGUCCCCUCACUUCCUGGAGAAGACAAAGUGAUGCAGCCAUCAGGAGAUGUCAUUGCUGCUGAAGGAGACACAGUUACACUGGAUUGUAGUUUUGAGAGCAGUGAUCCAAGCCCCAAUUUAUUUUGGUACAAACAAGAAGUACAUGGCUUUCCAAAGUACGUUUUAAGAAGUGGUGCUUAUGGAAGUGACAAUGCCCUCGAGUUCCAGAAAGACAGAUUUGAUGCUGAACUCAAAAAGACAUCAGUUCCUCUGAAGAUCCAGAAGCUUCAACUGUCAGACUCUGCUGUGUACUACUGUGCUCUGCAGCCCACAGUGACAGGAAACAGUAAAACUCUGUACAAAAACCUUUGGAGCAAAGACAACAGAAAACUCCACAACAUCCACUAGAGGGAGACAC